GACACAAUCGACAGCGGCGCACAGCUGCCUGGAAGAUUCUACAUUGUAAACAAAGCUGCAUCGAUGCAUGUGUUUUCACAUCAGCGUAGUUGAAAUGGUCGAAAAAGGGAGAUAAUCGAAGCCAAUAUUCAACGCUGGUUACCUUGAGGUUGACAGCAAUGGAAGAUGAGACAUGUCUGAGAGAUUCUGAACAUUACAACAAGAUUGGUGUCCAACUGUAUCAGUUCUACAAGCUCAAUCUACAUUUUGACACAGUCCUCAUAGACAGGAAGGGGAAUCAUCUUCAAGUCCACAAGCUCAUCCUCUUUGCAAGCUCCGAAUAUUUCCACAAUGUGCUCUGGCCUGAUCGGGGAAGCCUGCAGUUGGAUGUGUCGUAUGGCAUUCUGGAGAAGCUGGUUGAGUUCCUGUACACUGGCGAACUGCAGGUGGCACCACAUGAGUGGGAGGAUAUCCUUGUUGUUGCCAAGUCACUCCAAAUCACUCACCUAGUUCAUCUGCUGCAGAUACACCAGCCCAGAUGCUACAGUAUGUCCACAAGUCAAACUGAGAAUUUACAAAUAAAAGUAGAAAUUGAUGAAGAUCCCUAUGAAAUGCCAAAGCAGACAGAGCAUGUCCAAAGAUUUGCUGCCUCGACUGAUGUCACAGAGAAAAUUGUGCACCCACCAAACCUUUCCUCCCAGACACUCAUUACUGACACUGUGAGAGGAGCUGAUUGUACAUGGCACAGCGGGUCAGGUUACCAGACUUCAGAGUUUCAUGGUUUACCUAUGUUCUUUGCCGGAGAGUCUCCUGUUCAGAGUGAUCCUUUAGAAAGGAUGCAGACACAAAGACAAUCAAGGAAAAAGUAUCAAGGAAGGAAAUGUGCCAGACCGAAAACUGCUAAAUUAAAAAGACAUGUUGUAAGAGAUACAAAUAUCGUUGCAGAAGGAAGUGAGAAGCCAGAAAAGAUUAGUAGUGUUGUGGUGGCUAAGAGAAUGUUAAAAAAGCAGUCUAUGCAUAAGGAAGCUUCAAGAUCUGUCCGUGGCAAGACAAAGUGUGUUGCCAGUUCUCUUAAAUCUUUGUUUUGGGCUGCACAAAACAUUAUCAAGAAAUACAGUUUUAUCAAAGCUCUACCAUAUUUCCACAUAAAUAAAAAGACGCAUAAUAAGUCGUUUCUUUGUAGGAAAUGUCCACAUUUCUUUAAAUGUUAUAAUCAAUGGAAAGCACACAAUAUUUCGUUUCAUUUGUCUUCAUCAAAGAGACACAAUAAAAAUCCACUUUUAAAAAUAAUUACCACAAAGACAGAGCAAGAGCCAAACUCAGAACACUUGAAGUUGGACAAGAGGGAUAUACCUUCUGUGCCCUCACCCUCAUCCGCUGCCCCUCUGCAGUGCCCAGAGUGUGGGGAUACAUAUGUAUAUAGGGUGAAGUUCAGGAAUCACCUGGUAGAAACACACGGGUACACUAAUGAACAGCUUUGCAAGAUGGAAAACAUUUGGACCCGCUGUGGAGUAGGGGGCUGCAGCUUUGCUGCGGCGAGUGUCAAGGACAUGACGAGACACAUGAAACUGUUCCACCCACAUGUAUACUUCGACUGCCCGCUGUGCCAACGUCACUUCCGCACGCAGUUUUCACUCAACAAACACAUGCUGUGUAUCCACCGAGAACGCAAGAAAUACCUCCACACUUGCUGCGUGUGUGGGAAGACAUUUGCACAGAAGACGCAGAAGCGGGGACAUGAGAAAGUCCAACAUGGAAUUGACAGUAAUGUUAAGGUGCAUGAGUGUCCGGUUGAAGGCUGCAGCUACACCACAGUUGUCAAGUACAACCUGCAGCAGCACAUCAGCAAGCACAGCAAGGAAAAGAACGUUCCCUGUCAGUACUGUGGUGCCAAGUUCAAGUGUCAACAGUAUCUGAACCGCCACCUGAACAGUGUCCACCUCUCCCCACAGCCUGCCACCAGUUUGCUGUGUCAGGUCUGUGGCGCGGAGUUCAAGACCAAGGGCACCCUACAGAUCCACCUGGACAUGAUGCACUCUGACUGUGAACGCUUCAAGUGUCACAAGUGCCCUUUUGAGAGCAAGAGAAAGAUAGAUUUAAGCAACCACCUGUACCAGAUGCAUGGGUUCAAGGCAGACUUCGAGAAACGUGACAUCAUUUUCUGUGACCAGUGUCCAGACUACUCAACACUGUCUGCUGCCCGUAUGAGACGUCACAUUAUCACUUCCCACUCAGAACUUCGCCAGUUCGCAUGUCAGUACUGUGAGAAGACCUACAAAGAUAAGAGAGGUCUCCGAACGCAUCAGUCAUACACCCACACUGAGACUAAAUCCUUCAAGUGCACCCAGUGUGAUUACAGCGGCAAGACUGCAAGCAGUUUGACCAAACACCAGAGGCAUCAGCACCUGUUUAAGGAUGUUAAGCCUUAUGUUUGUGCCCACUGUCCAUAUCGGUCAUCCAUUUGUGGCAAUACUCGAAUACAUAUCCGCACCAAGCACCCAGGAAUGGAGGUGAAGGUUGUCACGGACGAGGACGAUCUGGCCAAGAUUAAACUUGUGAUGGCAGAACAGAAAAAACUCCAGGAGAAGUGCAAACUUUGAUGCUCUUAUGUAUGAAGUGAUAUGUAUUUGUUUCAAGGAGAAUAUCAAACUGUUAUAUGUUAAUGUGUGAUGUGAUAUAUAUUUGUUUCGAUGUUGUUUGUCAUGUUUUGUCAUGACUCUUUGAAACUGUUAAACAAAUUCAAUAAAAGGUUUAAAAAAUGUA